AUGUACACAUUUUCUACCUCUGCAUGGAAUAUUGACAACCUGAAGUUUGUCAUCUACCCAACCGGCUUCGCCUGCGUCAUCAUUCUGUGGGCGAUAUACUGCAUUCUGGUUGCUCUAUACAAGGUUUCACCUCUCCAUCCGCUGUCUCACAUACCAGGCCCAAGACUAGCGGCCGCGAGCUACAUCUAUGAAGCCUAUCAUGACUGGUGGCGAGGAGGGAAGUUUGGUCAUGAGAUACGUCGAAUGCAUGAGUGUUAUGGUCCAAUCGUGAGAAUUAAUCCCGAUGAGCUACACUGCUCUGAUCCCGCCUUUACCGACCAUAUUUAUGCUGGCUCAGGGCAGAUCCGCGAUAAAUGGUUACAUCAAAUGAACAGCAGCGGCGUUGGCCCCAUAUCGUCAUCAACUUUCUCAACCAUCCCUCAUGAACUCCAUCGCGUUCGCAGGGCCGCAGUAUCGAAAUUUUUCUCGCGCCGACAGGUCCUUCAAUACGAAGAUGAGGUAUAUGAACUUGCUUGUCUUACAGUGGAUAAGAUGCUUCAUUGGACCGGCAAGGAACCCUUCGACGUAAGAGAGGCCUAUAAUUGUUUUACUGCGGAUGUUAUUUCACAAUACGCUUUUGGUCAGCCAGUGGGAUUUGUCUCACAAAGUGGUUGGAAGCCUAAUUUUGCAACCUGGAUUAAGCCAUUUACCAGAUGUGUGCAUAUGUUCAGAUUCAACGCACCCGUCAGGAUAUUGGCUGGCGCUCUCCCUCGGUUUGCAGAGUAUAUGAGUGAAGACUUCAAGCCGUUUGUACGACAGUUGAACGUUACCAUUCCAGGCUAUAUCAACGCGGCCAAAGAAACACCGGGCAAAGGAAGAAUCUUCACAGAACUCAUCCAAUCGAACUUACUUACCGAAUCGGACAAGUCUAUCUCACGGCUUUCUGGUGAAGGGUUCCUACUGUUUGGCGCAGGCACUGAAACGACUUCUGCAGUACUGGCUGUCACCACAUACCGACUUCUUGCUGAGCCUGCGAUAUACGCCAAUCUAAUGAAAGAUUUGGAUGGUAUCGAUUCUUGCAACCUCAAAUUGAUUGAACUCGAGCGCCGACCGUACUUUUGGGCUGUCAUUCACGAAGCCUUACGAAUGAUGCCUGGAGUUGCCAUGCGGUCUGCAAGAAUUGCCCGUAACGAGGACUUGAUCUACAGAAGCCGAGACGGUGACGCGUGGGUUAUUCCAAAAGGGACUCCCAUCACAAUGUCCUCAAUGGUUAAUCAUUGGGACCAAGAACUGUUCCCAAAUCCCGAUGAGUUCCUCCCCGAGCGAUGGUUGAUAGAUGGCGAGCCGAACAAGACCCUCCAAAAAAGGUUGAUCUCUUUUGGCAAGGGUAGUCGUUCAUGCCUUGGCGAGAACUUGGCAUAUUGUGAGCUAUAUAUCAUGUUGGCGUUGAUGGCAUUCCGUGUUCUCCCCAGAGCGCGCCUACACAAUUCGACCAUUGAAAAUAUUCAGUACGAUCAUGAAUUGAUUGUGAUUCAGUCAAAGAAGGGUCCGAUUUCAGUCAUGCUAGAGAUAUCGUAA